GUAGGGACUGGGCGCGCGACGCGGGGGCGGCCUAUGGGCCUUCGCAAGCGGGAGGAGCAGACGCGGCGUCUGCAGGGCGCUGCAGGGGACAGCGGGGGCCUGGCGGCUGUGCAUUCCUCACUCUUAGCUGGUGAAGAAUGGGGGAGCUGGAAGGAACCUACCGCGCCCUGCAGACCCCAGGGACACGCCUAGGCGCCCCGACCCCCGCGGGCGUCAGCACCCUCGAGCCUGGGCCGGGCCCCUCGGCGGCAGCGGCGUGGCCGGCGGCCAGGACGCCCGUCCGAGUGCAGCUGCUGGACGACUCCGUCGAGGUGUUUGGCGUUGAGCCUAAAUGCGAUGGCCAGGUGUUACUGACCCAGGUGUGGAAGCGCUUGAAUCUGAUAGAAUGUGACUACUUCGGCUUGGAGUUUCAAAACGCCCAGUCCUGCUGGAUCUGGCUUGAACCUAUGAAACCCAUCGUUAGACAAGUACGAAGGCCAAAGAAUACAGUGCUUCGCCUAGCAGUGAAAUUUUUCCCACCUGAUCCUGGUCAGUUGCAAGAAGAAUAUACACGAUACUUGUUUGCCCUGCAACUUAAGAGAGAUCUUCUGGAGGAGCGUCUGACCUGCACGGACACCACGGCUGCCCUCCUGGCGUCCCACCUCCUGCAGGCGGAAAUAGGAGAUUACGAAGAGGCGCUGGACCGGGAGCACCUGCGGGCCCACGAGUACCUGCCGGGCCAGGAGCGGGCCCUGGAGCGGAUCCUGGAGCUCCACCGGGAGCACGUGGGCCAGACGCCUGCCGAGUCGGAUUUCCAGGUGCUGGAAAUUGCCCGGAAGCUGGAAAUGUACGGCAUCAGGUUUCACACGGCUUCUGACAGGGAGGGGGCCAAGAUCAACCUGGCCGUUUCCCACAUGGGCGUCCUCGUCUUCCAGAGCAGCACCAAGAUCAACACUUUCAACUGGUCCAGGCUCCGAAAGCUCAGCUUCAAGAGGAAAAGGUUUCUUAUCAAACUCCACCCAGAGGUCCAUGGGCCUUACCAGGACACCCUGGAAUUCGUGCUGGGGAGUAGGGACGCGUGUAAGAACUUCUGGAAGACGUGCGUAGAGUAUCACACCUUCUUCAGACUUUCCGAUCAGCCGAAGCCCAGAGCUAGAGGCGCCCUCUUCAGCAGGGGCUCCUCCUUCAGAUACAGUGGAAGAACUCAGAAGCAACUAGUGGAUUAUGUCAAAGAUGGUGGGAUAAAGAGGAUUCCGUAUGAAAGAAAGCACAGCAAGACCCGGAUGUCUCUCCGCGCCCUAAAUGCCAACUUGCCGAGGCAGAGCAUCUUGUUCACCGAGGGCACGAGGGCUGCCGCGUCCCCGUCUUCAGCAAGUGCCUCCGUCUGCGCGGGCCCCGCCUCCGCUCCAGCCCCCGUGGGCCCGCUCGAUUCCAAGGACAGCAGCGGCUCCCCGACGGGGCCCCCGGCUCCCAGCGCCAGGUGGCCAGCUGCGGAGAGGAGCGGCGUGGCCGCGGCCCAGCCCCCCGGGUCGCCGGCAUUCCAGCCUUGCCAAGGCCUUUCCGUGGAGAGUCCUCAGCUUCCGUCCACCCGGAAGACCCCACCGAGCCUGAGCCCACUGGGCCCAGCCGAGCAGGGCUCCACUCCUCUGCUGAGCCCCGUCCUCAGUGACGCUGGCGGAGCCGGGAUGGACGACCAGGAGGAGCCGAGACACAAGUGUGCACCCGCGGAUGAGGCCUAUUUCAUAGCAAAGGAGAUUCUUGCUACAGAGCGAACAUACCUGAAGGAUUUAGAAGUUAUUACCGUGUGGUUCCGGAGCGCCGUGGUCAAGGCGGACGCCAUGCCUGCGGACCUGAUGACCCUGCUCUUCUCCAACAUCGACCCCAUCUACGAGUUCCACAGAGGCUUCCUGCGCGAGGUGGAGCAGAGGCUGGCGCUCUGGGAGGGGUCUUCCAGUGCCCAGGCCACAGGCGACCACCGACGAAUCGGGGACGUCCUGCUCAGCAACAUGCUCCAGUUAAAGACGCUCACCCGCCACUUCCAGAGGCUCCACGAGGUCCUGACGGAGCUGGAAGCGGCCAGCAGGCGCCUGCGGAGGCUGGAGGCGCUGCGCCGGGACUUCGAGCUGCAGAAGGUCUGCUACCUGCCGCUCAACGCCUUCCUGCUGAAGCCGCUGCAGCGCCUGCGCCACUACCGGCUGCUGCUGCGCCGCCUGUGCGCCCCCGACCGCCAGGACUCCGGCCGCGGCGACCAGGACCGCGCCGACCGCCGCGAAGCCCUCAAGGCCAUCACGGAGGUGACCUCCACCCUCCAGCACAGCCUCGCCCGGCUGGAGAACCUCCAGAAGCUGAUGGAGCUGCAGCGGGACUUGGUCGGCAUAGAGAACCUCAUUGCUCCCGGCAGGGAGUUUAUCCGCGAGGGCUGCCUCCACAAGCUCACCAGGAAGGGCCUGCAGCAGAGGAUGUUCUUCCUGUUCUCAGACAUGCUGCUGUACACAAGCAGAGGUGCCUCGGGGACCAGCCACUUCCGGAUCCGGGGGCUCCUUCCGCUGCGCGGCAUGCUGGUGAGCGCCCGGCGCGGGGCAGGUCCGGACCGGUGGUCGGGGGCCGUGCCGCGUAGCAGCACCUGCUGGGCUGUGGAAGAACGCAAGAAUGAGUGGUCUGUCCCGCACUGUUUCACCAUCUACGCCGCUCAGAAGACAGUCGUGGUGGCAGCCAGCACCCGGCUGGAGAAAGAAAAGUGGAUGAGGGACCUGAACGCCGCCAUCGAUGCAGCCAAGAGCAGCGCCGACACGGCCCUGGCGCCGCCGGGCAGCGUGCUGUGCCCCCUUCCCCGCGGGCCCUCCGACGAGGUCUCUCUGGAGGAGUCGGAAGACAACGCUCGCGGGGCCCGCUGCUCCUCAGGGGGGCCGGGCCAGCACCGGGCCAGCACCGCCAUGCACGUGUGCUGGGACCGCACCACCAGCAUCUCCAGGGCCGACCGCAGCGCGGCCGUCGAGAACCAGCUCUCGGGAUACCUGCUGAGGAAGUUCAAGAACAGUAACGGCUGGCAGAAGCUUUGGGUGGUCUUCACCAAUUUCUGUUUGUUCUUCUACAAAACUCACCAGGACGACUGCCCCCUGGCCAGCCUCCCGCUGCUGGGCUACAGCGUGAGCCUCCCCGGGGAGGCCGACGGCAUCCACAAGGAGCACGUCUUCAAGCUCCAGUUCAAGUCCCACAUCUACUUCUUCCGGGCUGAGAGCAAAUACACAUUCGGGAGGUGGAUGGAGGUGAUCGAGAGCGCCAGCACCUCACCAGGGAGGGCCGGGACCCCUGAGGAGGAGGCGUGAAGCCCACCCUGCCCGGCUGAGGAGAACCGAGCAAGCAGAGCAGGGCCAGCACGUGCCCACGACUGCUCGUCCCGUGUGCCCCCUGCAGACUGGCAGUGGGUGGGCCUCACAGGGACACCUGGGAGGGGCACAGGCCCCCUCAAGACCCAGUCACUCUCUUGGCCCUGUGGGGCACCAGGGCGAACACGCGUGUGCAUGGAAACAGGCCCAGCUCCAUGCACUGACGAGGCUGGUGCUCACCUGCCCUCUGUCCGCCUCCAGAGCAGGACCUUGCCUUUCAGGCUGGGUGAAAUGAGGGGUGGGGACAGGGCCCCUAGGUCACAGCUGCAUGGAAGUCCAGCAGAAGCCACCCUGCCGCCCACCCCACAUACCUCUGCAAAAAGUCCCCAUAAUUUAUCAGUCCCCAGGAGGUGUGCUGUGCUAAUGUGCAUGUGGUUAGAAAUAAAGGGCAUCUCCUGCGUGCCUGCGUGCUGCCCCUCGCCAUCCAGUGGGCC